UGCAAAUUGGACUAAAACGCGUAUUUAUACGUAUUGACGCCCGAUCCGACAGGUCGGGCCCACCCGUCAGGUGCCACGCUGGCCAAUCGGCGCGUGCCCGCGUGCUGACUAGGACGAGCCGGUGCGCUGCUGUCCUAACCGGCCCGGUCGCACCAGCUCCAGUCCGGCCGCACCAUUCCCCUCCCCCUCCUCCUCCUCGCUCGUUUCCUCCAUCGCCGCCGACCGCGUCCCGACAGCCGGCCGGCCGCCGCACCGCCCCGCCGUCGCCAUGGUUUUGGAGGACGAAAGCAGCGACGACCAUUCUAGCCCCCCGUACAUGCAUUCUUCCUCCACAGACGGUCUGAACGAGGUUCCUUUCACCAUUGAAGAUCCAGAUUACAAGGGGCUUGAGCUGGAUGUGAUGUGUCCAUGUGAGAAGCACGGCAUGGCAUCUGAGAGGCUUGUUGCCUUUGAAGGAACAGACACAGGCAGGAGGUUUUUAGCAUGUGCACAGUCGGAAGGUAGCAAUUGUGGCUUUGUUGAAUGGGUUGAUCACCAGUGGCCCCCAACAAUGCAGAAUGCAUUGUUGAAGCUAUGGGCAAUGGUUGAAGAUGCCAAAAGUGCUAGGGUGAAUGACAAUCUUGAGAAUUCUUUCACUAUCCACCAUCUGACAGAAGAGAAGAACAAGCUGGAGGCCAACUAUGACAAGCUAGUCCAAGAUGUGCAUGAGCUGAUGAACUUCCAGGAAGAUAAGGUGGUGGAUUUCAGGCAUCUGCAGUCUGCCAUUAUAUAUCAGCAGGAGGUAAGAAAAAAACUGACUGAUGAUAUGAAGGCAAAGAUGGCAAAGAAAGAUGCAGAGACCCAGCAACUUACUCAGAAGUAUGAGGUGCUGCUCAACCUGACAAGAGCUCAAGCAACAGUCAUUCAGAACUUGAAGUUGAACAAAAUGAAAGAGAAGCAAGUGCUUACUGAAGCUAGUAUGAAUUUGGAGCUGAAGAAUGCAGAGCUAACUAAGUGUCAGGAGAAGCUCACCCAAGAGAAGCUAGAGUUGAAGCUUCAGGUUGCUGAUCUGCUUAAGGGAAAUAAAAAGCAUAUUGAAGAGAAGUGGCAGUUAGAGUUUCAGAAUGAAAAGUUGAAGGAGAAGUUCAGGGGGAUUCAAGCCAUCUUGGAGAAGUGA